UUACGGUUAACUAAACUGGAUGGCUCUUCCUCGGUGUUCAUUUUAGUCACAUGCUUGGCUGUGGAGUUUACUGCAGGUCUCAUGAUCUCUGUAUCAUAGCUUGCAUUAGUAUGUAAGAGACAUACAUGAGACUCUCGCGUCCAUUUAUCGCUCUAGUUCAAAUAGCUUUAGUGAUUUAUCUUUUUGACUUUGAAAAAUUGUGCAUUUGCAGUUCUAGACUAUUCAAAGACUGACCAUGUCCUGGAUAAAGGAAGGCGAGCUGAACUUGCUGGAAAGGAUUUCUGCCAACAUCCUUAAGGCAGGACCCAUGCCAAAACAUGUGGCAUUCAUCAUGGAUGGAAACCGUCGCUUUGCUCGCAAGACAAACGUCGACCGUCAAGAGGGCCACACACAGGGCUUCAACAAACUAGCAGAAACACUACGCUGGUGCAAGCACUUGAACAUCCCAGAGGUUACGGUUUACGCAUUCAGCAUUGAGAACUUCAAGCGAACCAAAGAUGAGGUGGAUGGGUUGAUGGAGCUGGCCAAGCAGAAAUUUGAGAGGCUCUUGGAAGAACGCGAGAAUUUGGAGAAGCAUGGCGUCUGCAUCCGGGUUCUGGGUGAUUUGAAUAUGUUGCCAUUAGACCUUCAGCAGGUCAUUGCCAAGGCUGUGCUCGCCACCAAGACUCACAACAAAUGCUUCCUCAAUGUCUGUUUCGCCUACACGUCGAGGUAUGAAAUCACCAACGCUGUGAGGGAGAUGGCCUGGGGAGUGGAAGAGGGCCUGAUCAAAGCGAGCGACGUUUCGGAAACCUUACUGAGCGAGUGUUUGUACAGCAAUAACUCUCCCAAUCCGGACCUGCUCAUCCGGACCUCUGGGGAAGUGCGGCUUAGUGAUUUCCUUUUAUGGCAGACUUCUCAUUCUUGCCUGGUAUUUCAACCAGUUCUGUGGCCGGAGUACUCCUUCUGGAAUCUGUGCGAAGCCAUCCUCCAGUAUCAGUUAAACCAUAGAUCUAUUCAGAAAGCCAGAGAGCUCCAUCGAGAGAGUCAGGCCCAGCAGCAGCUGGAAGCUGAUCGAGCCGCUCUGGCCGAACACAUGCAUGGGAACGGGAAGCCUGCCGAUGUCCAGAGAAGGCAAGAAGCCCUGCAGCACUACGUCUCCUGCCGGGAAGAACGAGUCCAGGACUUCCUAGUUGCUCUUAAGAGAAAGAGGGACUCUUACUUUAAUGACUUAUGCACCAGCACAGUAGCAUCUUAGUAAGACCAUAAAGAACAAACUCCAUUCGGGAAUGAAGCACCUUCCCCCUGCCAAAGGAGCUCUGAGAAAAAGCACUGAGUGAACGGCUGAAGACAGUAGUUCGAUACGUUGCUGAUUAGAACAGGACAAGAGGGCAAUUUUACCCCCAUGGGGCGCUAUAGUCAUUGUGAUAUUUAUUAGAGUACAUUUAAAACGGAAACAACUGGUCAAGAUGUAGUUAAAUAGUUUGACUGUAAAAUGCAUGUUGCUAAUCGUCUGCGUGGAAAGCUGUAUUUUGGAAUCGAUGUUUGAUGGGUUGAGUGUAAUGUCAAUGGUGUAACUAGAUUUUGACCAGCUUUCUAAACGCUAAAGUGCUAUAUGUUAAAUGUUACUGAAUAAAAUGGAGUGUAUUCCGUUGUAUUCAGAAGUGAUUUCAGCUCAUCUAUAAAUGUGUAACAGUUUCAAUCACUAAAACCUGGAAUCAACAGAGGAGUCGAGGCAACUGAACAUGAAAUGCACACAAAAAUAUUAAAUAUUUUUUACCACUAAAGUUUAAUUUCAUGAUUUUCUGCACCCUGGCGGCAAAGUAUAUGCACAGAAAUGAGUUUGUCAGAGGCAGCUG